AUGUCCGGUCCCCACCGGACAUUCAGCUUCAACCAAGGUGAUGACGGUGCAGGGGAAGUUUCGCCAGUUCGUUCUCAAGACGGGAAUUUCGCAAACAGUCCUCCACAAUACAGCGACAUUUCCCCCGUUUCCGCCAGAAGCCCCCCCUCUAGUGGGUUUCUCUCAGUCCAGGAAGAAGGCGACCGAGGUUGGGGUCAAACCCUGGGAAACGCGCAACCGAUGCGCAUGAAUUCAACGACACCAGGGAUGGAUAAUCUUGGCCCUGCCGCCGUUGGCGGUGGAAUCAGUGGUAUCGCCCUUGGCGUUGCCAACUCCCAUAACCGCCAGAGUGGAAUUGACGCUUUUAGGGAUACAGACGGACGCAACAUGCCUGCUGAACGAGGUUAUAACACCACCGGAUCGGACAACCCUUAUAUUCCGACACCACCCGCCGGCGGAUCGCACGAAAGCUCUGAGAACUUGCGCCCUCGAGACUCUUACGGCUCUAAUGUUGCACUAGGAGCCGCUGCUGCUCCCGCGGGCCAAUUAACUCCAGGUGGCUCAAAUCCGUCUCAACGCAGUUUUUUUGACAGUCCGUAUCAGGGUAUACCGGCUAUGGAUGCGGGCCCGUAUCAACGACAGUCCGCCUACAGCUCCGCUGGGGAUUAUCCCCUCGUCAUAAAUCCUGACGAGAUAGCCGAUGAUGGGGACGAUGGCUUCAUGCCCGCCCCAAAUAGCAACUCCGCCAGUCAAACUGCGAGGGCAGUUCCGGCGGCUGCGACUGGGGGGGGCGCUGCAGGUGGGCUAUUUGGCUUGUUCAGAUCGAAGAAAGUCGACAAUCCUUCCUAUGGACCGGUGCCAGGGGCACGCUUGGAGGCUGGAGAAAAGAGCCGAUGGACCAAACCUAUGCCUGGAGGGGGCAGUCGCAAACGCGGGUGGAUCGUAGGCAUAGUCUUGGCCUUCAUUAUUGUCGGGGCGAUCGUCGGCGGCGCUGUCGGCGGUACUUUGGGCAACCGAGAAAAUGAAGAUCCGGACCCCACCACGGAAUCGGCGUCCAGCGAUACGCAAUCGAACGGUGACCUCGACAAGGACUCCUCGGAAAUCAAAUCUUUGAUGAACAAUCCGGACCUCCACAAAGUAUUUCCAGGUAUGGAUUAUACUCCCUGGGGAGUCCAGUAUCCGUUGUGCCUCAAAUACCCACCUUCUCAGAAUAACGUCACUCGCGACUUGGCAGUGCUUUCGCAGUUGACCAACACUAUCCGGCUAUAUGGCACGGAUUGCAAUCAGACAGAGAUGGUCUUACAUGCCAUUGACAGGUUGGAAUUGAAGGACAUGAAGCUCUGGCUGGGUGUGUGGAUUGACUCAAAUGACACGACGAACGAUAGGCAGAUCAAGCAAUUGUACAAGGUCUUGGACGAUGCAAAAGACAUUUCCAUCUUUAAGGGCGCUAUAGUCGGCAAUGAAGCACUCUAUCGAGCGGGGAAUGACGACACUAGCGCGCAAAAGAAGCUGAUUUCUUAUAUGGACGAUGUAAGGAAUCACUUCAAAGAGAAGAGCUUUGACCUCCCAAUAGCGACAUCGGACCUCGGUGACAACUGGAAGCCAGAACUUGUUAAAGCCUCGGAUCUGGUCAUGUCCAACGUGCACCCCUUCUUCGCAGGUGUUAAGGUUGAAGAUGCUGCUAGCUGGACCUGGACUUUUUGGAAUGCCCACGAUGUCCCGCUAACGAAGGGUACAAAUAAGAAGCAAGUCAUAUCCGAGGUGGGGUGGCCAAGUGGUGGAGGUAAUGAUUGCGGGUCGAACAAUAAAUGUGCAGACGAUAAAGCCGGCUCCGUAGCCGGCGUUGAUGAGAUGAACCAAUUCAUGUCAGACUGGGUUUGCCAGGCAAUGGAAAAUGGCACAGAUUACUUCUGGUUCGAGGCGUUUGAUGAGCCUUGGAAGAUCCAGUUCAACACCAAGGACCAGAAUUGGGAAGAUAAAUGGGGCCUUAUGGAUGCUGGGCGCAAGUUGAAGCCGGGCCUCAAAAUCCCUGAUUGUGGGGGUAAAACGGCUACAUAA